AUGUCAGACCCAACAGCUGGGACGGUAGAUGGCCAAGACUGCGCGCAGUUGAAGGGAGCUCAGCAGCUCUUGUGUUUAGUUGCAGACCCUUUUUCCAACACUUUUCACCAAAUCGCCGUCUUUUCCGCCUUGGGAUACUCCGUGGGAACAAUGAUUCUGAUCACUCUCGCCUUCUCUAUAAUGCGACCUCAUAAUUCGGUCGUCUACGCCCCAAAGUUGAAAUAUGCAGAUGACAAGCAUGCUCCGCCGCGGAUUGGGAAAGGCAUGUUUGCCUGGUUCUGGCCGGUUGCUUCAAUAAAGGAAGCAGAGCUUGUAGAAAAGGUUGGGCUUGAUGCUGCAGUAUUCCUACGGUUCACGAAAAUGUGCAGGAAUAUAUUCACCUUGGUGACAAUCGUCGCGAUUGCCAUCUUGCUACCAGCCAACGUCAUCAGUAGCAAAAAGAAUGUACACGGAGUGGUCAGUCACGGCUUCUUAACCCUCAGUACUCCCCAGUAUGUCGCAGGGCCAGCUUUAUGGGUUCAUGUUGUCUGUGCCUGGGCAAUCAACAUCAUCGUGGCUUUCUUUCUGUGGCGAAACUAUGCGGCAGUCACACGAUUGAGAAGGCAGUAUUUCGAGAGCGCUGAAUACCUAACAGCGCUGCAUUCGCGGACCCUGAUGCUCACGGAUAUUUCCACAGCCUCACGGACUGACGAGGGUAUCUUACGCUUGACAGAUGAGGUGGAACAGACAAGUGGUUUACCUCGAGCAGCAAUAGCUCGCAAUGUGAAGGAGCUUCCAGAAUUAAUUGAAGAGCACGACCAGGCAGUCAGGGAGUUGGAGAGAGUAUUGGCGAAGUAUUUGAAGAACCCAGACAGCCUCCCAGCGAAUCGCCCUACAAUAACGCCAUCCAAGAAAUACCGUAAGAAUAAUGGUGGUCAGAAAGUGGAUGCGAUUGAUUAUCUUACUGAUCGAAUCAGCGAGCUGGAGAUGGAAAUCAAGCAUGUGCGAGAAUCAAUCGACAAGCGUAAUCCUAUGCCCUUCGGGUUUGCCAGUUAUGAGAGGAUCGAGGACGCGCAUACCGUGGCAUAUGCGGCGAAGAAGAAACAUCCUCACGGCACGACGAUCAAAAUGGCCCCAAGACCCAACGAUCUCAUUUGGAAGAAUCUACCUUUAUCGAAGAAGGACAGGAACUGGAAGCGAUUUAUCAACAAUUUUUGGAUUGCCAUUCUGACCCUUAUCUGGAUUGCUCCCAACGCGCUGAUUGGUAUUUUCCUGUCAAAUUUGAGCAACCUGGCCAAUAUUUGGGGAGGAUUCAAGAAAGAAUUCCACAAUCACUCGACGUUCUGGUCCAUCGUGCAAGGUAUCGCUUCUCCGGCGUUGACCUCUCUGGUCUAUCUGAUACUUCCCAUCAUUUUCAGAAGGCUCUCUAUCCAUGCUGGUGACACAACAAAAACUUCUCGAGAGCGUCAUGUCGCUACUAAACUAUACGCCUUCUUCGUCUUCAAUAAUUUGGUCGUCUUCUCCACGUUCUCCGUGAUAUUCACGUUCGUACAGGGGGUCGUCCUGAAUCCGCAUCAUGUGGGCGCCUGGGAUGCAAUAAAACAAGGCGACUUUCUGCUUCAUUUGGUAUACGGCCUAUGCCAAGAAUCGCCAUUCUGGUUGACUUGGCUUCUGCAACGCAAUCUGGGCGCUGCCGCAGACCUCGCACAGGUACUCAACCUUACGUGGGGCUGGUUCAACAGAACGUUCAUGAGCCCCACACCUCGACAAACUAUUGAAUGGACAGCCCCACCGGCUAUCGAUUAUGCCGUCUACUACAAUUACUUCCUCUUCUACGCCACAGUAGCCCUUUGUUUCGUCACCGUCCAACCUCUCGUCAUCCCAAUCACUGCCUUUUACUUCGCCGUCGACUACUGGCUUAAAAAGUAUCUUCUACUCUAUGUCCUGAUCACGAAAACGGAAUCUGGUGGUCAAUACUGGCGGAUACUCUUCAAUCGCCUCGUCUUCGCAACCAUAUUCGCUGAUUUCAUCAUCGCUCUCAUCCUCAAAUCCGCAGGCACAUGGGUCAUGAUCGGUGUGAUGGCGCCGCUUCCGCUCCUGCUCAUCGGGUUCAAACUGUAUUGCGCCUCCACUUUUGACGACCAGAACGAAUUCUACACUCGAGCUACGCUCAAAGAUCCCGAACACCUCACGGACGCAGGGCAUAAGACCCGCAAGAACGAUCGUGUCGGUACCAAGUUUGGCCACCCAGCUCUUUACUCCAAACUCAUUACACCCAUGGUCCACGCCAAAGCUCAACACGUCAUCGCGCAAGUCUACCGCGGCCGCCUCAAUUCCGAGAACAACAUGUCAACGCCCAUGGGCUACUCAGACAUCGCCAUGGAUCCCAUGUCCAGAGAUGUCCCCGGCAAAACCGCAAGAUUUGCGCCUGAGCAGCAGAAAGAGAGAAACAUGUUCGAAGUUGUCCCAGAGUCUCAUCUCGACUUUGGAUACUUUAAAGACAGGACAGAUUUCUCCGAGGAGCAUGGUGGCGAUGGAGAACUUUACGGACGCGCUCAGGAUCUUGUGUCAGAACGUAGUAGCACACCCAGGUCCUUUUUGGGAAGGGAUGGCGGCUCUCCGUCCAGUUCUAGAGCGUCGAGUCCCGGGCCCGAAGGUGACUUGGGGAGACAAAGUCCGCAGGAACCGCGACAGAUGCAUCCAGCCUACCGGGAUCGAUCUCGUCAAUCGAGUGGUGGAAGAGGUAAUCUCUACAGUAACGGCAACGAAAGCGAGCGGGAUCUAUUGAGCGCCGCGCAACCCGUUGGGACUACCGAAAAUGAGCAACAGUAUGGGCUAGAUAGAUGGAGGACGGGCGGAACUGGAUACAUAGGGGUACCCCAGGGCGAGGAGACGGGGUAUGAGGCCUACAGAGGUGGAGGUAGGUGA